AAGGGAUUCUUUUUAACAACAACAACUCACUUAACUCUUUUCUUGGUGGUGCUGUCAUUUCAGUACCGGUUCUCGAAUUGAUACAUUAACAGAAUCUACAAUGCCGAAGAGAAGCAAAUUGCUGCAGGCUCUGGACGAGCACCGCGGCCGGGAUUACGAUGCCGAGAAGCAGAAGAAGCUUGUGAGGGCGGCGAAGAAGAAGAAGGCGGCGAAGGGAGGGGAGGAGGAUGUGAAGGAGAAGGAGCAGGAGGAAUUGAAGAAGAAGAUUGAGGAGGUUGAGGAGGAAGACGAGGAAGACGAAGAAUCCGACGCCGAAGAGCAAGACGCCUCCGCCGACGCAGACGCCGCCUCCGCCGCCUCCGAUGACGACGACGACGACGACGAAGAAGAAGAAGAAUCCGACAUCCCGCUCAGCGAUCUGGAGGACGACGAGCGCGAAGACGUAGUGACGCACCAGCGGCUGACGAUCAACAACUCGGCGGCGAUCAGCGCGUCGUUGAAGCGCAUCUCGUUCCUCACGCCCUCGACCCUCUUCUCGGAGCACAACUCGCUCGUGUCGCAGGAGCCCAUCGAUGUGCCGGACCCCAACGACGACCUGGCCCGCGAGCUGGCCUUCUACAAGGUGUGCCAGGCGGCGGCGACCUCGGCGCGCGGCCUCCUCAAGAAGGAAGGUAUCCCCUUCACGCGACCCGGCGAUUACUUCGCGGAGAUGGUCAAGACGGACGAGCACAUGGAUAAGAUCAAGAAGAAGCUGUUCGAUGAGGCCGCCGCCAAGAAGGCUGCCGCUGAGGCACGCAAGCAGCGCGACCUCAAGAAGUUCGGCAAGCAGGUUCAGGUCGCUAAGUUGCAGCAGCGCGCUAAGGAGAAGCGUGAGACCUUGGAGAAGAUCAAUGAUUUGAAGAAGAAGCGCAAGGCUGAUACCUCCGGCGAGGCCGACAACGCCAACGAGAUGUUCGACAUCGCCAUCGAUGACGCCCAGCCCAAUAACCGGAAGCGCGCCUUCGGCUCCGACGGCACCUCCAACGCUAAGCGCCAGAAGAAGAACGAGAAGUACGGCUUUGGCGGCAAGAAGCGCUUCUCCAAGAGCGGUGAUGCCGUCUCCAGUGGUGAUAUGCGCGAUUUCUCCGUUCGGAAGAUGAAGGGCGGCCCCAAGAGAGGCGGCGGCGGCGGCGGUGGUGGUGGCGCGAAGAGACCUGGUAAGAGCAGGAGAGCUGCUGCUAAGGGUCGCGCUUGAUCUCUCUUUCUUUGGUUUUCUUUCUCUUUUUUACUAGCUUUGCUCGGAUACCGGAAGAGGUCGUUUGGGUUCUAUUCAUAAAAAGCAAUUGUUCCAUUUUUUUUAAACCCCUAGACGCCAUGAUUGUGUUUGUGGUCUAGGUUAUGAGACCUGU